AUGGGUUCCUCUAAGAAGAAGAAAUCUUCCCGCGAGGAUUCUGUGAGCUUUGAAACCCCAUUAUUCUCAGAUUCUUACGAUCGAAACUCCCGAGAAGACAGUGAAGAGUCAAGUCUGUCGUGGAUAAAUGAUUGCUUCAAACUAGACACUUCAACAUCAGGCCUCAAUACUCACAAUUUGAACGAUACACAUGCCGACCCAUCGAUGGAAACUCCUGGUAACAUACGAGACACAAGUUAUGAUAUCAGGGACGCCGGGACUGGCCACCACGACAAUCGGAUGUCCAAACUUCCUCCUGGCCAGUUUCGUGAGCCUUCUUUGAGACGUGGAUAUGGUAUGCCGUAUCAACCACCCAAAGCAUUUGACAGUAUGCCGGUCAAGGAAACAAGCCAGGCUGGAUACAAACAUCCUCGGGUGAUGGAUUCUCUUCCAGAAAGAGAGACACAGUCUUCGAUCUCAGCUCCGCAACAAUCCCUUGCCGUUAGCCAGUGUUCACUACCAACCCUGAACAAAGGUGGGAAGAAUGUUUAUGAUCUGAACCGGCCCCAAGCUAAACGAGGGGAUCUGCAACCGGCUGGUUAUCGCCCUGUAGCUAUGCGUCCUCCGGGUACUUCUGGCCGAGUGGCCGCCGACGAAAAGCAAGGGCAAUCAUCUGAUAAGAAAAAGACACCAAAGAUCGUGAUAGAUCUAGGUAACUAUAAGAAGGCUGAGCAGGAAGCGCUUCUGAGGGCUUGCCUUGAGCACAAAGACUUAAUCAAGGGAAAAGAACUGCGCCGAGACAAAUGGAAAGUUGUGAAAGGCUGCGUCGAAAAGUGGUGUGAACCACUGAGAUUCCAAGCUGCGGAGACUGGGCCCGCUGCGCCAGGCUCUGAGCUUGGUGCCCUGAUUAUUGAAUGGAAUAUUUUAUAUGCUAAAAAGUUUUGCUCUGCAAACCGAAAACUCUUGGAGGCAGCAGGAUGGAAAAAAGCUGCUGAGCAAAGUCAAAACAGUCCCCCCUCAGAUGCCGCCCACAACCCUCAGGACAGCCAUGAGAGCAAUCCCCCAAGCGAGAAAGUACCAGAGGGGUUGGACUUUGCAGGAUCAAUUUGGCCUACUGUCAAAGAUGAACUGAUGGAAUUCGCAGAGUCGAGGAUUCUGCGCUGGGCUGAAGAAAAACUGCGGGAAAGGCUGCAGGCCUUCGAGUCUCUCACCCGGCCACCCCUGUUGAAAGCCAACAGCUCUCCAGAGUCAUACCGGGUGUAUUUGAAGUAUCUGAUGAAUCGUACAGAGGCUGCGGGAAAAAAUUCCAAGGCAAUACGAAGUACUGAGGCUGUCAUGUCUAUGGCACUUGAUCUUCUACCAGGUCUAGAGGAGCGAUUGCGGGAUCAGCUCGAAGAUACUGUUGAUAAGCAAGAGCAUCAUGGGGCUGGUAUUAAACAUGAUCAGACUAAUGAAACUGAUCAUAACGAGGCAAAUGAUGAGCCCGAGAGUGCUCAUGAGAAUUCUGAAGAGGUUGAUCAUGACAUUGAUCACAAAGUUCAAGAAGCCCAAGAAGAGAGUGACAAUGAUGAAGAGGCCCGGACGAGACUUGAACACGACUCUGGAGAGGAUGAAGACGGAGGUGAAAGUUUCGACGGUUUCGAUGACUUUGAGGAGUUUUAUGCUGACGAAAGCGAUGAUGAUACCUACGAAGAUCCGGACGAACCUGAUCGACAGUACAGAGGGUCGGUCAUUGAUUCCAUCGAGCCUCGGACUCCGAUCGUCACCCCACGAGUUAUGAGACAACUCCGCCGCUACGAGCAGAGAUACCGGGAUACGAUAAUAACCGCCAAACUCGAGACAGAGACAGCGACUGCUGUCCUUCGUUCAGUGGACAAAGAUGAACCAGAGGUGGCCUCCCGAAAACGAAAAGCAUCGGAUUCAGUGGAGCCUGCUCUUGCCAUCAGAAGCAAGUCGAUGGACCGAAGGCUCGCUGCUGUGAGCACACCGACCCCUGUGGAUAGAAAGAGACAGCGACUUCAUCAAAGCCAAUACAGUCCUGCUUCUACAGCUUGCUCGUCUGAGCUUCUCCCGUCUCUUGAGGACAUUUUUAGCUCGAGCAUUGGCCGUGCAUCCUCCGCGACGACGCAACCGCUUCCUAACUCGAGCCCUGCAGUUCGAGCAAACAGAAAGAAUAGCGAGAGAAAGGACAGAAGCAGGGCCCAGAGCAAGGUUUCCACCGAACUCGGGGAUAGUCCUAGGGGUGCGGCCAUUACUCCCAAGCCCGAGGAGAUGACAGAAGUGUCACCUGGCCUCUUUGUGACCCCUGAUUCUGUAGGUCGACAAGCCAAUACACCCUUUGCCUUUAAGAGAAGUGUCUCGCGUCGACCUGCACCAGAUGAAAGAUUUCGGGAGGAAACUGCCGGGUUCCAGGCCAUGACGCCUAGUGCUCGCGAAGCUAUGCUGUACACAGCGCUUCGGGACAUGCGCCGACGACAAGGAUAG